AUGUCCUCCCACCUACCAGCAGCUCACUCGCCAAAACGGAAACGAAAUGCCAUACCUCCCACCCCUCCGGCCUCCUCCCCAAACACGAACAUGCGCCUCAAUACCAACACCUCCAAUCUAGACGUUCAAGAAGAUGAUGAUGAAGAAGGAGGCAGAGCUGGCAGCCCCCGUACAAAGGUAUCCUACCACUUCCAAGGUCUACAGCUUGAGGACCGCUUUCCGAUAGGUGGAGAGGUAUCACAGCUGCAUCUCCAAAACCAUCUCUCGAGACCUAAUUCCGAAGAGGAGGAUGAUGAACACAUAAUCCGCAAACGGGUCAAAAUGCUCAAAGAAAAUACACACUUCACCCCCGCAUCCCCCUCUCAUUCUCACCAAAAGCGACCUCUCGAAAUCCCCGAAACGCCCCAACAAACAGCACACUCUCAACCAAGAAGCGCAUUCGCAAUCUCCAUACCCGCCUCACGGUCUGUUGAUCCCAUCAUCGCCGAAAAAGCCGCGAAAGUUGUCUUACACAACGAUAUCGAUCCAGUGGUUUUCACGUCUGGCGGUUCGCCGUUGAGCAAGAUAAAAAGUGCGGGGUCAGGGUUGGCUCGGGCUUAUCCGAGUAUUAAUCGCCUUGCGGAUUCGAAAUCGAGGAAGCUGAGGGCAGGGGAUGAGGAAGGAAGUUUAGUGGUGGAUCCGGAGAGGGCGGCAUUGACGUGGCAUGACGAUGAGAUUACUGGACAUGACCCGACCGACUCCGACGACGACGGCGAAGGAAUAAACGGCAUUGGUUUCCGCCCUACAGCUGCUGAAGCAUAUGCGCGCACUCAGAAACGGAAACAGCAGAUGGAACAGUACCGUACUAGGGAAGCGAGGGAAGCAAGAGCAAGGAGGAGUGAACGUCGGAGGGGAGUAGAGGGUGUUAGUGAAAGCGCGGGGGAGAAAGAUAGGAAGGUCAGGUUUGAAAGCGAGGGACAGGGGGUUGGCAGUGUAGUCGCUCCAUACUUUGAAGGUGUGGAAGGAAGAGCAGAAUUAUCUUGA